GAGAGUGUAAUUGCUUAAAGUCGUCCAUGAAAAAGGACCAACAAUUUCUUGGUGAAAAUAAUUAUUCAGAAGUUUAGCGUAUUAAUACGAGCCUGGAAUAUCAAUGGUAUAUUGAUGUAAUAAUAAAAGAUACGAGAACUACAUACAUAUAAUCUAUCUCCGUCAGAUUGGUCGCACGAAAUUUACUCGUGGAAAGGUUUCAAAUCGGACGGAAGUAGAAUCGAUACUCCAGAAUUCGAUAGUGGCAGAAGUAUGGCCGAAAGCGGAUUUUCAUUUCUGCUAAAGACAAAACAGCAAACAACACAGUGAAACUAUUAUUAUGACUGAGUUAAAAGUACUUUAUUGCAUCCUCUUGUUAACGUUUUUCGAGCUGACGUCACAAAUUCGACCGUCCUUACAUGGGCACAACAAUGCCUUCGUACAGGAUGACAAUGACGUUCAAUAUCUUUUGGACAACAUACCAAUGUCUAUGCGUAAGGAUUUUACCAAUACAGUACAUGGGGCUGGGGAUACAACAUCAGACGAAGAUAAAGCACAAGAUUCGUUAUCUCAUGUUCAUUUCGAACCACAUGUUCUGGACUUCAAAGAAAGACAACUUGGUAUACCUCACCAAGAAACUGUGAUCUUAUUUAAUAAAGAUCAUAACAAAACAAUCCAUCUUUUAUCAAUUUCUGGAAGUACGCGUCAUUUCUAUUCAUCAUUCUUUCGAAGCAAAGUAAUCCCACCACUGGGGAACACAACAUUUGAUGUUGUCUUUCUUGGGCGAGAGGAAGGUGAUACUGAUACGCAUCUUGUUAUACAUACUGCAGAUGGAUCUGUGAAAUACCAAGUGAAAGGAUUCAGCGUUAGUAGUCCGUAUCGGCUCAGACCUCUAGUGGGUGUUAAACUACCCUUAAAUGCAACAUUUACUCCACGUAUAUACAUGCACAAUCCACACGCAGAAGCUUUACAAGUUCUAGAGAUAUAUAGUAGUGGUGGAGAAUUUCAAUUGGAAUUGCCAUCAGGAGAGGCAGAAGGUUCGCGUGAACUGUGGGAGAUCCCACCAUAUCAGACAAAGCCUAUCAUAAGAUUACAUUUUAAUGCUUACACAGAAAAAAAUCAUACCGCGUAUAUUAGGCUUAAAGUAAAUAACACUUCAGACGUGCUUGUCGUCACAGUUGAAGUCGAAGUUAAAAGUGAGGCUGGUCUUCAUUGGGGUGGAAGUACUGGCGUAAUUAAUUUAGGUAUGGGUGGUUCAUUACAACCUGCCAUAGAGUACCCCAUUGCUUUGAAGAAUUCAGCGAAAAAGUCAUUUCAAAUUCUGAAUAUAAUUAAUACGCCAGUUUCUGAAGCAUUAAAACUUCAUUUUAAGCAAGCGGUAAUUCCACGAGAUGCAAAUAUACCGAUUGCUAUUGGAGCACUUGUCUAUGACUGGAAGACUGGAUUAGAAUUACAACAUUUUAAAGGGAAAUUAGUGAUAAAGGCAGUAAGUCUUGAUGGUUCUAGUCAAAAAUUAACAAUUCCAUGGAUAGCACAAGUUCUACACGGCGGGCUAGAAGUAAACGCAUCAACUACGCAUUACUGUUCUCUCCAAUCUAAUCAAGUGCGAAACUUUAGUGUCGUUAAUAAAUAUAAAUUACCAUUAGCUAUCACGAAUGUUACGAUGACAUCGCAUGUGAAGUCACUUUUCAUGAUAAAAAAUUUUAUCCCAAGAGUGUUAAAACCCAAACAAAAGGUCAAUAUAUUUUCUUUACAACUUGCCAAAGAUAGAAAAGUGGAUAACGUGAAAAUGAAAUCUUCGAUUCUAAUUCAUUCGAAUGUCUCCAUAACCGAGGUGCCGUUGUUCAGUUAUGACGGGAAAGUGAUAAAAAUUAUCCCCGAGGAAACAGAGAGCGACGAGGGCACGAUAAACUUCGGCACCGUAGGAAGUGGAACUCAAAACGAAGCUAUUUUUGCUCUAGAGAAUCAGAAUCCGAUUAACAUAGAUUUACAUGGAUGGGGAGUUAAUAUAUCUGGUACAGUACUGGAACUAAUGGGUUGCCAAAGAGCUCCAGUGAAUUUUAUGGACAAAGAGCUUCGUAAUAUAACCACGUGCAGUCACACUGCCAAUUUUCAGCAUUACAUUAAACCUGGUUAUUUAGCUAUUUUUAAAAUUAAAGUGAAAAUUCCAAUGAUCGACGACGAUAUCAUCGUGGGUGAUAUAUUUGUAAAAACAGAUUAUGAAAGAUUCAUUUUACCUGUUUACAUGCGUGUCGCAUACGGGAGCCUUUCUUUAAAGAAACUUAUUUUUACGGAUUGCUUUCCUGGGUCAAUUUGUGUGCAACAAGUCAAAGUGUAUUCGACGUUUGUAAGGUCCAUGCAGAUAAUUCGAAUCGCGCCUGUUUAUAAAGAUAAUAGAAUAAAAUAUAUUCCAUUGGAAGAAGCAUCGAUGCCUAUCAUAAAGAAAGGCGAAAAUUAUGUUGGAUCAAUAAGAAUCGAACCGUCGAUUACUUGCAGGCAUCAUUGUUACUUAGGCUUGUCGUUGGAGAGUAAUGCUGGCAAACAAUGGUUGAAUACCUUGACGCUUCCUUCGCACACAAGGGAUUCCGAUUUAAAUUUGUUGAAUACGAGAUACACCCGUUUUCUUAAUUCAACAGGCGGUCGUUCUUGGGAAAACAUAACGAUGCGUCUAGAUACUACCGAAGUUCGCGGGCACACAUUUCAUUUAAACAUUAAACCAUACUGGCCAAGCUUAUUGAGCGGUGUCAACAACAAUAAAAACAAAGUCCCUUUAGUAUUUCCCUUGACACAAGUUGGAAAUACGUCUUACAGUACGAUUAAAAUACACAAUCCAAGUACCAGCCCUUUAAUAGUACAGUUAGUAAUGGAUUGGAACUAUCCGCAAGGAACGCGAUUGUAUCAUUCGUUACCAGCCAAGUUUAAAUUCCCAUGCGUAGAAUGUGGGUCUUCAGUCGCAGAGGAAUUUAAAUUGGAAGAAAAUGUGGAAGAUCAAAAGCGGCUUGAAAGAACAUGGGAUGUUACAGUCGCGCCGCAAUCGAUUCCGUUGUAUUUGAAACGCUCGGAAUCGAGAACCAUACGAGUGUCAUACACUCCUUUCUCACCUAUUUUAUCAUCCGCACUUUUAUAUAUUAGAAAUAAUAUGACGAUUUUGGAAGUAUUGCGCGUGAUGGGGCAAGGGGCAACUGCACAAUUUAGAUUCGGGAACCGGAAGCCAGGUUCCACUACACCUUUGCUCUUCGAACUCGCCGAUAAACAUCUAAAAGAUUGUGAACGUGAACGAUUCAAACGAAAUCCCGUUCCGAACCUGACGGUGAAGAGAUCUUUUAUGGCGAGAAACACGGGCGAGCUACCCAUAGAAGUGUAUGAUUUUUAUAUAAAUGGUCUACAGUGUGAAGGUUACGGUUUCAAAGUGUUGAACUGUAUGCCGUUCAAGCUCAGUCCGAACGCGACCAAGAAGAUAGAAAUAGCAUUCACGCCAGACUUCACUUUGUCGCGGAUCGAAAGGAAGCUUUUGAUAUCGACGAGCUUAGGUUCGGACAGCGACAUCGAAAACGGUGUAGUGACGCUCAAUUUACUCGCGACUCUUCCGCCGCAAUCGUUAGAAGAUUGCACAGCGUCACUAGCGAGACCAUCGUGGGAGUACGCUGUGCAAUGGGCUGCCAUGAGCCUCUCGUCGGUACUGUUAAUAUACGUCCUCGCGAUUUCGUUUCUCGAGGCGGACCGUAUACUGCGAGGAGCGUUAGCCAGUUUUUCUAGAGAAAGCGUCGUUCAGCCGCCUUUCGAUUUAAGAUUGUUGUCGCACAUGCCGGUGCAUUCGGUGCAAGAGUCGACAUCGUUGAAGGAAAAAUUGAUAAACGAGGAGAAACAAAAGGUGGUGAAAAAGGAGGAUUCGCAUCCAGAUUGGGCGCUGAUGAACGUGAAGAAGUACAAGGAUAAUAUGCAGAAAGGGCUGAAGAUACCCGAUUGGUCCGCGGAGGAAGAGCGUAGAUUUAAAUUAGACACAGAGGCGAAGGAUUUGUUGUCGUUUAAACGGUGCGACGAGUCCACGUUGGACAACAGUAAUAACGUUAUAAGCAAUAUCGCACUUGGUGCCAAAAAACGGAAUAGCAAGAAACAGAAUAACGCGCAGGACGUUCAAACCGACAAUUGUGCGACGGAGAACGUGUUUCCGGACAUUCAAGGAGCGCAGGAAAAGAAGUAUACCGUGAAUGCGUUUAUGAAGUCAAGUCCUGUCACGAAUAGAAAAGGGAAGUCUAAUCAAAUAGGAAAUGUUAAGGAGGAAACGAAAUUGGUCGAUCACGAGGUUCAAGUGGACACCACGGGGCUCCUGAACAAUGCGCGCAGCAGUAAAUUGGAUAGCAAAAGAAAACAGAGUACUGUUGGAAAUAGCAAUAACAAUCACGUGACCUUCAAGAAAUUCGAGUCAAACGGUAGCCAAAGAAGCAUUCAUUUGUCGGAGGAAGAGACGUCGUCUACGACGACGGAAAGUUCUGUUCAAGACGAUCCGCCGACAUGUAAGAAUUUUGAUCAGCCUUGCGGAAAAUCAGAAAAAUUACAAAGAAAACCAGUGACCAAGAAGACCAAGCCUCAAUCAAUUGCUCCUGUGCCAUGCGUAGAUUAUAGAGAUAAUUACGAAGGUGACUGCGACGACGACGAGUACGAUAAAGAGAGACAGAAUAACCCGAACAGAUGGAAAACGAGUACAACAAGAUCUACUAUAAAGCAUCACAUUCACACGUCACGUACCGUCGAAUCGUCUUUCAAGUUACCUCGACAAAACAAGAACCCUCCUAGGAAAGAUAAAGGAUCUCAGAAACGCCGUGGCAUCGAUAAAGCUCACGCGAAAACAACAUCGUUGAACGGAAGCACUAGUCAAAGGGAAGAUCCAACGCGGACAUUGGGUACAAUUUCUGCUCCAUUACCACCACCGCCCUCGUGCUGGGGUGAAAACAGAGCCAGAUUCAGUGAUGUUGUGGCAAGGAAUCAAGAGAGUAUUUCACCGUUCCCGAGCUUAAAUAAAUUACACAAACCUCAAACGACCACACAUAAUUUGUCGAUGGUCUUCGCUAACGACACCAAAGAUGUAGAUUAUGCUAAACAGGAAUCGAGUCAGGAGCUAAUGCAAAGUACGAAUGAAUACAGAAUGGUAUCCAUGUCUCCACCUCUCUGUGUUCAAACUAUCGAGAAGGAAAAGACAUUUAGUCAAGAUUCCUUGAAAAUGCAGAACUGCUCGCAGCAUUCAAAUAGUUACUUUAUGAAUGCUUUUACAGAGCCACCAUUUGAACGAGAAUUGGUGCCGUACGAUGAUCUUCCAGAAACGGAUGAACCUUUAAUGGAACUAGAGAGCCCUGAGGAAGACACGCGAUGUCAGUUAUGGGAAGACAAUAAUCCCGUGUUUAAUUUACUGUCCGACGGAACAAAUGGAUUUCAAUUGGAACCGCCAAAAUCCUCGGAAAAGCCUCCAAUGCUAACAGACACUUUAAGGGGUAAAGGCGUACACCGAGAACACAACUGGGCAACAGUCGAAACAAAUUGGGAACCACUGUAUACGAGGGCUGCAGUGGGAGAAGAAAGAAGUGGUGUCUGGGGUGUGAAUACAGGUGGUGUAUGGGCUGCGGGUCCAUGGGGUGCUGCCACACCACCUGUAGGUUCACAGUUGUCCUCGUUACAAACAGAAACGGAUUCACAAGAGAGAUCAGGCUUUGAUCCGUUUCGUUCGCUCAGUACAAUAUGGACGCCGUCAUCCACAGAAUCUUGGAAAAAGAAUCACGAAGACUAAUUUCGUUCCCAAUAUUCCCGAUAUUGUAUCUUGUGAUAUCGUAGACUUGGUUGAGCGAUUUUCUUUUCUAAUACGGAAAGUAAUAACAUAUUUAUUAGCGACACUUUUGUGAUCGAUAACGCUUAAAAAAAAGGAACUACAGGCUGGUUUUUGUUAUUCAUAUUUCGCGUAUUUGUGAUAUGUUGUUAAAUAGUACCUCGCAUAAUAAUACCGAACAUUUUUCGGACGAAAUUGAUUUGUACUCGUUAAAUUAUCACGUUAUCAUUUGUUAAUCUAUGUUAUUGAAUUUUGGAUGUGGUACAUUGAAAUUUCUUCUAUUGAUACAAGAUCGCACGUUUCUCUUUUGUUUUUCUUUUUUUUUCGUUCUUUUUUCCUUUUAUAAUUUCGAGUCUAAAUAGUCAAUCGAAAUCGUAUACCUGAAUUCGAAGUGAGAUUUUCGCAGCAGUUGAGGCACAGGUUAAUCGUGACGACGAAUAUGUAAAUUUAAACAAAUUUCAAGUUUAUGGAUUUUUACCUCUUGGUUUCUAUCAUCUUCGUUUCUGUCGUACUUUCUACACAAAACGUACAUAGAAAGUGAUCACAAUACUCAGAGAACGUUGGUCUUGGUGUUACACAAAAGGUAAUAAUUAAGUUACUUGGAACGAGUGA